CUAUAAAACGACUUUGUUCCUGCUGAGCUUUAUAAGCGCUAAUAAUCUCUUUGAAAGUCGCUUUUUGGAGGUGCGGCGCAGGAGAGUGGCGUUUACGCACAGCACUUUUUUUUAAACACUCGACAGUGUGAUUGAUGAUCUGGAUAUUUCACUGAAAUGGACUCACAGGUGAAGAGUAAAAUGUGAUCGAGGCUUAAGGCUGAUGGAGUGAGGAAGGAAGUGCUGUAGAUCACUGGAUCUCAAAGUGCAGCAUAACCGAGAAGAUCUUCACUCUGACAUGGAUUGAAGACAAAUUCCUGAGCUUGGCCUGGUUCCUUUCAUCACGAGUAGCAACCAGCUUCAGAAAGUUCUCCUUCUUCUUCGUCUUUUUAGCUAUUUUUCACUGGAGAGUCUCUACUAGUGAUCUAUCUGAGCAAAGUGGAGGAAUUUCUAUAGAAUUUAGCCGGCUGAUAGAACUGCUCGUCGGUACAAGCACCAAAGGGUCGGAUCGAUUACAUAAGCAGAAUGUAAAUGGGAGAAAAUGAGAGUCAAUUAUGAACAGUGCCAGAAGGUUUUUGUAUCUACGGCAUCCAGUAUUGGGUACAGAUUUUUAAAUAGCUUCUGUUUUAGACCUUAACUAAACCUUUAGUCCAGAGAUCUGAGCUAGAUUGAUUAGAAACUUUCUCUUAUUGGGGAAAACUUGUUUUAUAAUGGCUUAUGCAACUGUUAAAUUAUUGCAAAUCAAGCCUCUCUCUUGACGGUGUAGCUAUGAGCAGGAACACAGAGGCAUGAUGGAUGAGUACAACACCACUGGUGAGGUUUUGCUCUUUAACAACACGACCAGCUUGGACGAUUCAGAGCCCUGGGAUGAAGCAACACGACUAGGUGUCCAGAUCUCUCUCUCGAUCAUACUAGCUAUAGUAACUUUGGCAACGAUGCUGUCUAAUGCUUUUGUAAUUGCCACCAUUUUCCUGACACGCAAGCUACACACACCGGCUAACUUCCUUAUUGGCUCUCUGGCCCUGACAGACCUACUCGUGUCCAUACUGGUUAUGCCCAUCAGCAUCUUGUAUACAGUGUGCAAGACAUGGACUCUCGGGCAGGUGGUUUGUGACAUCUGGCUCUCAUCAGAUAUCACUUUCUGCACUGCAUCCAUCCUGCACCUGUGCGUGAUUGCGCUGGACCGGUACUGGGCCAUCACGGAUGCGCUGGAGUACUCUAAGAGACGGACGACUGGCCGGGCUGCGCUCAUGAUUGCAGUUGUCUGGGUGAUCUCCAUUUCCAUCUCCAUGCCUCCGCUCUUCUGGAGGCAAGCCAAGGCUCAAGAGGAGUUGACUGAGUGUAUGGUCAACACGGACCAGAUCUCUUACACGCUCUACUCCACUUUUGGUGCUUUUUAUGUGCCCACCAUACUCCUCAUCAUCCUUUAUGGGCGAAUCUACGUGGCUGCCCGCAGUCGGAUCUUCAAGUCCCCAGCAUCUAGGGCAAAACGAUUCACUACGGCUCAGCUCAUCCAAACAUCAGCUGGCUCAUCGCUCUGCUCGCUCAACUCCUCGUCCAAUCAGGAAGGGCAUCUUCACCUAGGAGGGGCCGGAACUGGAGGAGGAGGGUCUCCAAAUUUCACAAACAGCGUUAAGGUUAAGCUAGCAGAUAGCAUCCUGGAGCGAAAACGUUUGUGUGCGGCAAGAGAAAAGAAAGCCACAAAGACACUGGGCAUCAUCUUAGGAGCUUUCAUUGUCUGCUGGUUGCCCUUUUUUGUAGGAACACUGGUCAUGGCUAUCUGUAAGGACUGCUGGUUCCACCCAGUGCUGUUUGACUUCUUCACCUGGCUCGGCUAUCUAAACUCGCUUAUCAACCCUGUGAUCUACACGGCCUUCAACGACGAGUUCAAGCAGGCCUUCCAAAAGCUUAUCAAGUUUAAGAGAUGCUACUGACACUUCCAAACAGAGCUUAAACUCAAGAAGGUUGGUGUAUCAGGCAUGAGCAAUGGUAGAACUUUUUCUCUGGCAAUUACUUUGUUUUAUUCAUAUGCAAAUUGUCACACUGUCAUGAUUCACUAUGUUUGACCAUGAUUUAUUUUUUGUAUAGUCGAAUGACCAUGAGGCAGCUUGUAAAAAUAUGAGCCAAAUUGUUGAUGCUACCCCAUAGAUUUACUUAUUAUGCAUGUCUUAAUGUCCCUUUUGUCUUGUAUAGAAAAUAUUUGUCCUGUAUCUAUAAGCAAUUAAAGAGAGUAAGAGUCUUACCUCACAAAACAGGAGGACUCCUGAAAUGGUAUGCUUUCACAAA